GGAAACAACGGUUUCGCAGACUCGAUUUGACUAGUCUAGAGAGAGAGAGACAGAGAUUUAGAGAAAGAAAAUGUACCUUCUCAGUCACCUCCUCUCUAUAUAUCCCCUUCAUCAAUCUCCUCCAAGAAAAUAUCGACCCACGGGUUUUCUUUCUCCCUUCACCAAAGUCUUUGAAACAGAAACUGCAAGUUGGGUUCAUCAUAUUAAGGGAAGAAAAAGUCAUACCCAUUGUCAUUCUUUCAUUAUUUUCAACAAAUCUACUGGUCUGCGUGCUUUGUUGAUACUUUGUGGAGCGGGAAUUCAAAGCAGUGUGGUGGGUAUAUAGUGUAUCGUAACAAGUCGACAUAGUGUUUGAUAUUAUUGUCUGAGAGAGAAUUCAUACCAAGUGGAGGCCUGGUGAUCGCAGAAAGUUGAAAAUGGCGGCGGCGCUGGUGGCGGGGGAUGAUUUGGCGAGGAGUUCGGCUAGGAGUAGUAGGAGUUGGCGGUCCCAGAGUAUACGGGACAUUUGGCAAGGACCGCCGGAUGUGUUCAUGAGGAAUAGUACGCAGAGGCAGAUGGUGGAUGAUGAAGAGGAGCUGAAAUGGGCCGCCAUAGAGAGGCUGCCUACGUACGAUAGGAUGAGGAAGGGGAUGCUGAGGCAGGUGAUGAGUAAUGGGAGGGUUGUUCAUGAUGAGAUUGAUGUUGCUAACCUUGGUGAUCAGGAUAAGAAGCAGUUAAUGGAGAGCAUUCUCAAGGUUGUUGAGAAUGAUAAUGAAAAGUUCCUCCAAAGGCUUAGAAAUCGGACUGAUAGGGUAGGAAUCGAGAUUCCGAAGAUUGAAGUUAGAUUCCAGAAUUUAUCUAUUGAGGGAGAUGCAUAUGUUGGGAGCAGAGCACUUCCAACUCUGCUCAAUUCCACCUUGAAUGCAAUAGAGGGAUUUCUUGGAAUGCUUCAUCUGUCUCCAUCAAAGAAAAGAAUUGUCCAGAUACUCAAGGAUGUGAAUGGAGUUAUUAAACCAUCAAGGUUAACACUGCUUCUAGGACCUCCUGGUUCAGGAAAAACAACAUUGAUGCGAGCACUUGCAGGGAAACCUGAUGAUGACUUAAGGGUAACUGGAAAAAUCACCUAUUGUGGCCAUGAGUUUAAGGAAUUUGUUCCUGAAAGAACAUGUGCUUACAUUAGCCAACAUGAUCUUCACUAUGGUGAGAUGACUGUCCGUGAGACAAUGGAUUUCUCGGGACGUUGCUUGGGGGUUGGAACAAGGUAUGAGAUGCUGGCAGAGUUGUCAAGGCGAGAGAAAGAAGCGGGUAUAAAGCCAGAUCCUGAGAUUGACGCAUUCAUGAAAGCCACAGCCAUGGUUGGCCAGGAAACCAGUUUGAUCACGGACUAUGUUCUCAAGAUACUUGGAUUGGAUAUCUGUUCUGAUAUUAUGGUGGGAGAUGACAUGAGAAGGGGCAUCUCUGGUGGACAAAAGAAGCGUGUUACCACUGGGGAAAUGUUGGUUGGACCAGCAAAAGCAUUUUUCAUGGAUGAAAUAUCAACAGGGCUGGACAGUUCCACCACUUUCCAGAUUGUCAAGUUCAUGAGGCAAAUGGUUCACAUUAUGGAUGUGACCAUGGUCAUAUCUCUGUUGCAGCCUGCUCCUGAGACAUUUGAUCUUUUUGAUGAUGUUAUCCUACUUUCGGAUGGUCAGAUUGUCUAUCAAGGUCCACGUGAGAAUGUGCUUGAGUUUUUUGAACACAUGGGAUUCAAAUGCCCUGAAAGGAAAGGAAUUGCAGACUUUCUGCAGGAAGUUACUUCCAAGAAAGAUCAAGAACAAUAUUGGUUCAAAAAGAAUCAACCUUAUAGGUAUGUUUCAGUGCCUGAGUUCGCAGGGGCAUUCAACGCUUUCCACAUUGGACAACAAGUUGUGCAAGAACUCAGAAUUCCCUAUGAUAAGUCCAAAGCCCAUCCUGCUGCACUGGUGAAAGAUAAAUAUGGCAUUUCCAACUGGGAACUCUUUAAGGCAUGCUUCUCAAGGGAGUGGCUACUGAUGAAGCGCAACUCUUUCGUGUACAUAUUCAAAACUGUCCAGAUAACAAUCAUGGCACUUAUUGCCCUGACUGUUUUUCUAAGAACCGAGAUGAAAUAUGGAACCAUUCCCGACUCUGGCAAGUUUUAUGGAGCGCUGUUCUUCAGUCUGAUUAAUGUGAUGUUUAAUGGGAUGGCAGAGCUUGCAAUGACAAUAUUCAGGCUUCCUGUGUUUUUCAAACAGAGGGAUUUCUUAUUCUACCCAGCAUGGGCUUUCGCUAUGCCAAUUUGGCUCCUCCGUAUUCCCAUUUCUAUAGCGGAAUCUGUGAUAUGGAUUGUUCUUACAUAUUACACUAUUGGCUUUGCACCUGCUGCCAGUAGGUUUUUCAAACAACUUCUGGCUUUCUGUGGGGUCCAUCAGAUGGCUCUCUCUUUAUUCCGUUUCAUUGCAGCUCUUGGAAGGACACAAGUCGUUGCAAACACUCUUGGUACCUUCACCUUGUUGUUGGUUUUUAUUCUUGGAGGUUUUAUUGUUUCCAAAGAUGCCAUCCAAGACUGGAUGAUCUGGGGCUAUUAUAUAUCUCCCAUGAUGUACGGACAAAAUGCAAUUGCCAUCAAUGAGUUUCUUGAUGAGAGAUGGAGCACUCCCGUGAAUAGCACUACAGUUGGAAAGAUUGUUUUAGGUGACCGAGGCCUGUUCACAGACGAAUAUUGGUACUGGAUUAGCGUUGCAGCACUUGGGGGAUUUUCUCUUCUUUUCAAUGUUCUCUUCAUCCUUGCAUUGACAUAUUUAAAUCCUCUGGGAGAUUCAAAAGCUCUUAUUACAGAGGAGGAUAAUGAAGAUAAGAAUAAGCAGCGAAUGGCUUCAAAUGCUCAAGGUAUUCAAAUGGCUGUGAGAAAUCCUGAAGGAAGCUCAACUGGUGCAGCAAAUAAUGAAUCAAGAAGAGGAAUGGUUUUGCCCUUCCAGCCACUCUCACUUGCAUUCAACCAUGUGAAUUACUAUGUGGAUAUGCCUGCUGAGAUGAGGACUCAAGGGGUUGAAGAAGACAGACUGCAACUGCUACGAGAUGUUAGUGGUGCGUUUAGACCAGGGAUUCUGACAGCAUUAGUCGGUGUCAGUGGUGCUGGAAAGACCACCUUGAUGGACGUGUUAGCUGGUAGAAAGACUGGUGGUUACAUUGAAGGAAGCAUAAGCAUCUCGGGUUACCCAAAGAAUCAAGAAACUUUCGCCCGAGUCAGUGGUUACUGUGAACAAAAUGAUAUUCAUUCACCAUAUGUCACUGUCUAUGAAUCUCUAUUGUACUCCGCCUGGCUGCGUCUUGCUUCAGAUGUGAAUACAGAAACACGAAAGAUGUUUGUUGAGGAGGUCAUGGAAUUAGUUGAACUUAAUCCCUUGAGGAAUGCUUUAGUCGGACUUCCAGGAGUAGAUGGUCUGUCAACUGAACAGAGAAAGAGGCUAACCAUUGCUGUUGAAUUGGUUGCUAAUCCCUCCAUCAUCUUUAUGGAUGAGCCUACAUCAGGGCUUGAUGCUAGGGCUGCUGCAAUUGUCAUGCGUACUGUGAGAAACACGGUGGAUACGGGUCGAACUGUGGUCUGCACUAUUCACCAACCAAGCAUAGAUAUUUUUGAAGCUUUCGAUGAGCUGUUGUUGAUGAAGAGAGGAGGACAAGUGAUUUAUGGGGGACCACUUGGCCGCCAUUCUCACAUGCUUGUUGAAUAUUUUGAGGCUGUCCCUGGCGUUACCAAGAUUAAAGAUGGUUACAAUCCAGCUACGUGGAUGUUGGAGGUCAGCGCUUCUGCAGUUGAGGCUCAACUUGACGUUGACUUUGCAGAAAUUUAUGCCAAUUCUGACCUCUAUCGGAGAAAUCAGGAGCUUAUAAAGGAGCUAAGCACUCCUGCACCGGGUUCCAAAGAUCUCUACUUCCCCACCCAAUACUCCCAGUCCUUUAUAACUCAAUGCAAGGCUUGUUUCUGGAAACAACACUGGUCCUAUUGGCGGAACUCACAGUACAACGCUAUCAGAUUCUUCAUGACAAUCGUCAUUGGCGUCAUAUUCGGUGUCAUCUUCUGGAACAAAGGAGAUCAGAUAUAUAGACAGCAAGACCUGCUUAAUCUGCUGGGAGCAACCUAUUCAGCUGUCCUUUUCCUAGGAGCCUGCAAUGCUUCUGCAGUGCAAUCUGUUGUAUCAGUUGAGAGAACAGUUUUCUAUCGUGAAAGAGCUGCAGGAAUGUAUUCGGAGUUGCCCUAUGCAUUUGCCCAGGUGGCCAUAGAGACUAUUUAUGUUGCAAUUCAGACAUUUUUCUAUGUGCUGCUUCUGUACUCGAUGAUUGGGUUCCACUGGACAGCUGAGAAGUUCUUGUAUUUCUAUUACUUCAUCUUUAUGUGCUAUACCUACUUCUCAAUGUAUGGAAUGAUGGUUGUCGCCCUGACUCCUGGCAGUCAGAUUGCUGCUAUUGUCAUGUCCUUCUUUGUGAGCUUCUGGAACUUGUUCUCUGGUUUCCUCAUCGCCAGACCGCUUAUCCCAAUAUGGUGGAGGUGGUACUACUGGGCUUCUCCAGUUGCAUGGACAGUUUAUGGUGUCUUCGCUUCUCAAGUGGGUGACCGAACAGGUAACCUCACGCUCACCGGUGGAGACAGAGUGCCGGUGAACAAUUUUCUUAAAGACAGUUUGGGUUUUGAUCAUGACUUCCUUAUUCCAGUAGUUGUUGCCCACGUUGGUUGGGUCCUCCUCUUCUUCUUCAUCUUUGCCUAUGGCAUCAAGUUCCUAAACUUCCAAAGAAGAUGA